UGCAGUCUGUCCGUAGACCCUUGCGGCAGUUUUCUAUUAUCGAUACCACAAGAUGUCAUUUUUAGCAUAGAAAAAAUGUACCUGGCUGAUGAAAAUCCAGCAAAAUCGUAACAAAGUGAUUAAAUCACAAAUUUCUAAAGUAGAAUUAACAACGUGGUGGCGAUGAGCGACAAAAAACGUGAAGGGCACAAAGAUCAUGUGUUUAUUAGGCAAAGAUUCACCCAGAGACAGAUCACGUUCACCUCAAAGAAAAGACGAAAAGAAAGCAGACAAUGUUUCACUUGAAGCCAAAAAGAGACUCAAGAAUAUCGGAAUUCAGAUGAAACUAAGCUCUCAAAAACUAAAUUCUAAACCUAAAUUAACUAUAGCGUCGGCCUUUAACCAAGAAAGCGACGACGAACCUGAGGAGAUGCCACCAGAAGCUCGAAUGAGGAUGAGGAAUAUCGGGAGUUCCAACAGGGACACACCCACGUCGUCUGGACCAAACUCUUUCGGCAAAACGAAGCAGGGAUUCUCAGAUUCAAAGAAACUCUUUGAAAAGAACCUAAAAGAAGCAAUGGACGGUACCACAGAUAACUAAUAUCUGCACAAUUACCUGAUAUUUCUGUUAUUGCAAUAAUUUAUUUAUCUUUAGAUAUAUGAAUGUGAGGUAUUAAAAUUAAACACUUUAAAAAUA